AUGCGCUCCCUCUGCGAUCUGAAACUGACAAUAACGCGCAAAAAGCGCUCUGGGAUCACCAAGGUCGCCAUGGAAGCGCGCAGAGAGCGCGGUGGGAUAGCCAUGAUCGCCAUGGAAGCGCGCAGAGAGCGCGGUGGGAGCUCCAAGGUCGCCAUGGAAGCGCGCGGAGAGCGCGGUAAGUGCUCCAAGGUCGUCAUGGAAGCGCGCAGAGAGCGCGGUGGGAUCGCCGUGGUCGUCAUGGAAGCGCGCAGAGAGCGCGGUGGGAGCUCCAAGGUCGCCAUGGAAGCGCGCGGAGAGCGCGGUAAGUGCUCCAAGGUCGUCAUGGAAGCGCGCAGAGAGCGCGGUGGGAUCGCCGUGGUCGCCAUGGAAGCGCGCAGAGAGCGCGGUGGGAGCUCCAAGGUCGGCAUGGAAGCGCGCAGAGAGCGCGGUGGGAGCUCCAAGGUCAUCAUGGAAGCGCGCAGAGAGCGCGGCGGGAUCGCCGUGGUCGCCAUGGAAGCGCGCAGAGAGCGCGGUAGGGGGAGGAACAGGCGCUCCUGA